CGGUUGACAUAUCUCAUCUCUAACAGGAAUGUUUUGGAGUUGGCUAUGCCGAUCCACUCCGUAAUUUCAACCAUAAUUAUUUAUUGAAAUGAUCGGAAGGCUAUCACUUUGGUACAAGGAUAAUGUCUCCCAGGAAGUCGACUGCCUGGGAUGUCGGUUGGUCAGUGGUUUCGGCCUCGUCGGCAUCGGAGCCUAUCUGCUGGCCCAAUCAAAAAAGCGUCCAAAGCUUUAUGAACAAUACACUAUGAAGAGUUUGGCGGCCGCUGCAGGAUUUCUUGGUGUGGCCCGCUUAGCAGAUGCAAGUUUUCUCAAGGCUCCGGCCAAGGAGCUGGAGGAGGAGGAAAUUAAGAUUCCGAAGAAUUCCAAGGAUCACGAGUUUUUUGCUAGACGUUAAUUAGUUAAACUUUCAGUUGUAAUUGGACAGAGAUUAAAUCUAUCAAUAUUAAUAUAGACAUACUAAAUUUGAUCGCUUUCCUUGCGGAAUUCUCACUGGCUACAAUUCUAAAUUCUAGCGCUUUUUGCUAUUUGUUUGAUGGCAUAAAUAUUUUAUAAAACAAUUA